UCUGAUACUCCACAAGAGAGCGAUGGGGAAGUGAAGUCUUACGCAAGAUACAAAUACCCAAAUAUGAGUAAAAAGAUUGGAGAUUUCAAGCUGGAUGUGAUGGAAGGGGAGUUCACUGACUCUCAGAUUAUUGUAAUGCUUGGGGAGAACGGUACAGGGAAAACUACCUUCAUCCGGAUGCUGGCAGGUGCAUUCCCACGUGAAGAAGGUGUAGAAGAAUCAGCUAAUAUGCCAGAGUUUAACGUAUCAUAUAAACCGCAAGGGAUUGGUUCGAGGCGUGUGUGUACAGUGAGACAGUUGCUGCAUGACAAGAUUCGUGAUGCAUAUGUGCAUCGUCAAUUUGUGUCGGAUGUAGUGAGACCGCUUCAGAUUGAGGAGCUCUUGGAUAAAGAGAUAAGCAAACUCUCUGGUGGAGAGAGGCAGAGGGUUGCCAUAACUCUAUGCCUCGGUAAACCUGCUGAUAUCUAUCUGAUUGAUGAGCCAAGUGCGUAUCUAGACUCUGAGCAACGGAUCACAGCUUCAAAGGUCAUUAAAAGGUUCAUCCUACACGCGAAGAAGACCGCGUUUAUCGUGGAGCAUGACUUCAUAAUGGCGACCUACCUUGCGGACAAAGUUAUCGUCUACGAAGGACAGCCUGCCGUCAAGUGUACUGCUCAUUCUCCACAGUCGCUCCUCAGCGGAAUGAACCUUUUCUUAUCGCACCUCAACAUCACAUUCAGACGAGAUCCGACUAACUUCAGGCCAAGGAUCAACAAAUUAGAGUCCACCAAGGACAGGGAGCAAAAGCUUGCGGGAUCAUACUACUUCUUAGACGACUAAUUCAUGGUAAAAAUAUAGAGAAAGAGAGCUUAUUCGAUAUGCAUAAGUGCCUCAAUUUGUUGUUGUGUUUGUACUGUGCUAGCUAGUAUUUACGACUGAAGCAAUUCCUAUUCGGAUUGCUCUAGU